AUGCCUGAAGAUGUACACGAGAAAUUGAUUUAUUCAUUCGUAAAAUAUUUGAGAAGUAUCAUUCAAUAUAUACACAAGUAUUAUGAUGAAUAUUCAUUAUUAGCUGAAUCAGUAGCUAAUUUUGGUAUAACUGAAAUUGAUCAAAUUAAAUUCGAUCAAAUUGAAAAGCGUUUUGCUAUUCUUAAUCUUGAAGUUGAUCAUGACAAACUAUUCAAGGAAACGAUUAGUUUACAAAAUACAUAUAAAGAAGUUAAUUCUUAUCGCGAACCAUUAUUUGUUCAAAUUGAAAAAUAUGUUGGUAGUCAUAAAAUCGAAAAACAAAUAGAUAAUGAAGUACUUGAAGAAUCAGAUGAUGAAGAACUUGUUCACAAAACACCAACACAAACACAAACUCAUCAAGAUAGUUAUCAUAAAAUUCGACCUGAUCAGCUUUGGGCAUUCUUAAUUACCAAAACAACAACAAAUUGUGAUGAAAUGACAAAGCUGGCUUCUUAUGUCUAUUCAAUUCCAUGUUCUAAUGCAUUUGCCGAAGGUAUUUUUAGUCAUAUGAAACAUUUAUGA